AUGAAAUGCAGAUUCUAUUGGAUGUACGACGAGGAGUAUGACGAUCAACACGACUUUUCAGACAGAGACAAUGAUGACAACGGCAACGGCGGCGACGACGAUAAGGAAGACGACGAUCAGGGCAAUGAGGAAGACGGCGAGCAGGGCAAUGAGGAAAACGACGAGGAAUACAGCGAGAUUGAUCUAGGGAUGCUCAACCACGUUCGCGCUUCCUACAACGAAGAGAGAGCAAAGGCACUCGAUACUGGAGCAUCCGGAGCCAUCAACCUGCAUUAUCAGGGCCUGUCGAAUGCGCGAUCUGCUUCGACUUAG